CCCGGUGUGUGUGGUGUGUGGUGUGGUCUCGAUUUUACCUGAAGAUCGGUCAGUAUGUGCUCGGCUGAGCUCUUUCCUUAGGGGAUAGGCUGGCUGGAUGACCAGCAGACGACCGUAGUGAUUAACACACAUUAUGUAUAUAUGUAUGUAUCGUAAAGUGAUGAAGAAAGAAGAGACGACAGGAAAAAAAAAAAGUUGAAAGAGGGAUGAAAAAAAAAGCGACAUUUCAAAACACUGCAGUUAUUAUAUUACCUAAGAGAAAAAGCAAAUAUGCGAAGAACUAUGUCUAGAAAUUUUUACACAACAGCGUACAGCUUGAUAACGACUGUGACUGCUGUGUGUGGCGUCUGCGGCGUCUGCAGCAAGUGUAUAGUGUGUGUUUGCACCGUGUCUGUCCGCCUGUCUCCGCGUGGGUGUUUGUGGUGCCGCUGUUGCACACUCCUCAUCCCGGCAGUGUGUACGUCUCAGGGAUGUCUUACUGUAAGCAGGAAGGGAAAGAUCGUGUGAUAUUUGUUACAGAAGAGGAUCAUAAUGGUCCUGCUGAGGUAUCAUUACCUGAAGAUGAUGAGGCACCAGCAGGCCUUAUUCUGCCUGAUGGUGAAAUCAACUGGGCCUGCCCAUGUCUUGGGGGGAUGGCAACAGGGCCCUGUGGAGUCGAGUUUCGAGAAGCAUUCUCUUGUUUUCAUUAUUCCGCUGCAGAGCCAAAGGGUAGUGAUUGUUUAGAACCAUUCAAACAAAUGUCUGACUGUAUGGCACAAUACCCCAAUGUUUAUGGUAAUAAGGACAAGGAAGAAGAAAUUGCAGCAACAGGUACUGACCUUCCUAAUGGCUCCCAACCCACUGAUGAAGUGACGGCCAAAGCAUAGCAGAGCUCUGGUUAUCAGUUUGUAUGAACCUCAUUUAGGACCACAGCAAUGAGAAUCACUGAGGGAGACUAAUACUGUGACUACAGUAUUAGUGAUGCUCAUUUUAGAUGAAGAAUCAGUGCACUAUAUAUCAGGUGACAGUUGAGUGGCUCUCUCUCUCUUACUUGCUGUCUGUUGUAAAUAUUACUUAAGAAAAUGGUUUUGUUGGGAGAUAAUAUUUUCAAGUUAUCUGUUGAGUGAAUAAUGUGGUUUAGAUGUAAAAAUGUAACAUAAAUAUUUGUUUUCAAUAAGUUGAAUCAAAUCUUUGUUUAAACAAAGAACAAUUGAAGGCUCUGUGAGACCAAUUUUUAACAUAAUAAAUAUGAAAUGGUU